AUGGGGGAGAAGGAGAAGAAGCCGGAGGAGGGUAAGAAGGAGGCGGCGGAAGCGAAGGAGAAGCCCGAAGCCAAGGACGAGGAGACGGAGGCGAAGGCGGACGAAAGGAAGGACAGAGGUGGCGGCAGGGAGGAGGAGAAGAAGGAAGGUGGUGACGAAGAGACGAAAGCGGAGGCACCCGCGCCUCCACCGCGGAAGGAGAUAGAGAUGCGCGUCUUCAUGCACUGCGAGGGAUGCGCCAGGAAAGUUAAGCGCAGCUUGAAGGGAUUCGAAGGUGACGAGGGUUCUACGUUUUCGUUUUUACUUCCAACCGUGGCGGAGGGGAAGAAGGCGACGGAGGACCCGACGGAGGUGGUGGAGAGGGUCCAGAAGAAGACCGGGAGGAAGGUGGAGCUGCUGACCCCUCUUCCUCCGCCGAAGCAGGAGAAGAAGGAAGAAGAGAAGCCCAAGGCGGAGGAGGAGAAGGAAGAGCCACAAGUGAUCGCAGUGGUGAUUAAAGUGCACAUGCAUUGCGAGGCCUGCGCGCAACAGAUAAAGAAGAGGAUAUUAAAGAUGAAAGGGGUGCUGUCGGUGGAAGCGGAUCUGAAAGCCUCCCAGGUGACGGUGAAGGGCGCCUUCGUAGCGGAGAAGCUGGUGGAGUACGUGUACAAGAAGACCGGGAAACACGCGGUUGUAUGUAACCAAGGAAGAGAAUAA